AUGUCCGGACGUGGCAAAGGAGGCAAAGUUAAAGGCAAGGCAAAGUCUCGCUCAUCCAGGGCAGGGCUCCAAUUCCCAGUCGGCCGUAUCCACCGUCUUCUCAGGAAGGGUAACUACGCCGAGCGUGUGGGUGCCGGUGCCCCCGUCUACCUGGCCGCCGUGCUGGAAUACUUGGCCGCCGAAGUGCUCGAGUUGGCCGGCAACGCCGCCAGAGACAACAAGAAGACGAGAAUCAUCCCCCGCCACCUGCAGUUGGCCAUCCGUAACGACGAGGAGUUGAACAAACUCCUGUCCGGCGUCACCAUCGCCCAGGGAGGUGUCUUGCCAAACAUCCAGGCCGUCCUGCUGCCCAAAAAGUCACAGAAGGCCACCGGCGGCAAGAGCUAA